ACAUGAAGGUUCUCCACCUCCCCACCAGACUCAGGAGCCCAGCUGACUUCACCCAGUGGAUCCCGCACCAGUGCUGCAGGUGGAGCUGCCUGCCAGUCUCGGUGCCAUGCGCCCGCACUCCUCAGCCCUUGGGUGGUUGAUGGGACUGGGUGCCGUGGAGCAGGGGUCGGUGCUCCUCGGGGAGGCUUAGGCCCCACAGGAGCCCACGGCGAAGGGGGGCUCAGGCAUGGCAGGCUGCAGGUCCCCAGCCCUGCCCCACGGGGAGGCAGCUAAGGCCCGGUGAGAAAUCGAGCGCAGCGCUGGUGGGCCGGCACUGCUGGGGGACCCAGUAUACCCUCCGCAGCUGCUGGCCCAGGUGGUAAGCCCCUCAUUGCCCGGGGCCGGCAGGGCCAGCCGGCUGCUCCGUGUGCGGGGCCUGCCAAGCCCACGCCCACCCGGAACUCCAGCUGGCCCGCAAGCUCCGCACUCAGCCCCGGUUCCCGCUCGCACCUCUCCCUCCACACCUCCCUGCAAGCUGAGGGAGCCGACUCUGGCCUUGGCCAGCCCAGAAAGGGGCUCCCACAGUGCAGCGGCGGGCUGAAGGGCUCCUCAAGUGCCGCCAAAGUGGGAGCCCAGGCAGAGGAGGCGCCGAGAGCGAGCAAGGGCUGUGAGGACUGCCAGCACGCUGUCACUUCUCACUAGGAUUAUAAGGGUCUGCUACAAUGCUGCUGCUGCACAGAGCUGUGGUCCUCAGGCUCCAACAGGCCUGCAGACUCAAGUCAAUCCCCUCAAGGAUCUGCAUUCAGGCCUGCUCCACAAAUGAUUCAUUUCAGCCCCAGCGCCCCAGCCUCACCUUCUCUGGUGAUAACUCCAGCACCCAGGGAUGGAGAGUCAUGGGGACCCUAUUAGGUCUCGGUGCAGUGUUGGCCUAUCAGGACCAUCGGUGUAGGGCUGCUCAGGAGUCAACACACAUAUACACUAAGGAGGAAGUGAGUUCCCACACCAGCCCUGAGACUGGGAUCUGGGUGACUCUGGGCUCUGAGGUCUUUGAUGUCACAGAAUUUGUGGACCUACAUCCAGGGGGACCUUCAAAGCUGAUGCUAGCAGCUGGGGGUCCCCUAGAGCCCUUCUGGGCCCUCUAUGCUGUUCACAACCAGUCCCAUGUGCGUGAGUUACUGGCUCAGUACAAGAUUGGGGAGCUGAACCCUGAAGACAAGGUAGCCCCCACCGUGGAGACCUCUGACCCUUAUGCUGAUGAUCCUGUACGUCACCCAGCCCUGAAGGUCAACAGCCAGCGGCCCUUUAAUGCAGAGCCUCCCCCUGAGCUGCUGACAGAAAACUACAUCACACCCAACCCUAUCUUCUUCACCCGGAACCAUCUGCCUGUACCUAACCUGGAUCCAGACACCUAUCGCUUACACGUAGUAGGAGCACCUGGGGGUCAGUCACUGUCUCUUUCCCUGGAUGACUUGCACAACUUUCCCAGGUACGAGAUCACAGUCACUCUGCAGUGUGCCGGCAACCGACGCUCUGAGAUGACUCAGGUCAAAGAAGUAAAAGGUCUGGAGUGGAGAACAGGAGCCAUCAGCACUGCACGCUGGGCUGGGGCACGGCUCUGUGAUGUGUUAGCCCAGGCUGGCCACCAACUCUGUGAAACUGAGGCCCACGUCUGCUUUGAGGGACUGGACUCAGACCCUACUGGGACUGCCUAUGGAGCAUCCAUCCCUCUGGCUCGGGCCAUGGACCCUGAAGCUGAGGUCCUGCUGGCAUAUGAGAUGAAUGGGCAGCCUCUGCCACGUGACCAUGGCUUCCCUGUGCGUGUGGUGGUUCCUGGAGUGGUGGGUGCCCGCCAUGUCAAAUGGCUGGGCAGAGUGAGUGUGCAGCCAGAGGAAAGUUACAGCCACUGGCAACGGCGGGAUUACAAAGGCUUCUCUCCAUCUGUGGACUGGGACACUGUAGAUUUUGACUCUGCUCCAUCCAUUCAGGAACUUCCUGUCCAGUCGGCUAUCACAGAGCCCCGGGAUGGAGAGACUGUAGAAUCAGGGGAGGUGACCAUCAAGGGCUAUGCAUGGAGUGGUGGUGGCAGGGCUGUGAUCCGGGUGGAUGUGUCUCUGGAUGGGGGCCUAACCUGGCAGGUGGCUAAGCUGGAUGGAGAGGAACAGCGCCCCAGGAAGGCCUGGGCAUGGUGUCUGUGGCAGUUGAAAGCCCCUGUGCCACCUGGACAAAAGGAACUGAACAUUGUUUGUAAGGCUGUGGAUGAUGGUUACAAUGUGCAGCCAGACACCGUGGCCCCAAUCUGGAACCUGCGAGGUGUUCUCAGCAAUGCCUGGCAUCGUGUCCAUGUCUAUGUCUCCCCAUGAGCAUGGAAAGGAGCCACCUCCACCCGUUUCCCCACCCAUUAGCCUCACUGCUUCAGAAAAAUCUUUCCCACCUUUCUACUUCUUGGAUCACAACUCUGGCCUUCCUAAGCCAUACCCAAGUACACAUAUAGCACAUUUCACCCAAGGACCUUCCCUCUUUGGACACUAUGUUACAUACCCCUCUUGGCCUUUGAACCUGUGCCAGGAAGUGUGAGCUGUUAACAGCAAGGGGCUAGAAGUGAGACAAGUAAUUCUGGAGACAAGCACUAUUUUCUCUUCCUACCCCACCUCCAUUUCUAAUGCCUACUGCCAUCAAGGCCUUGUUUUGCUUUUCUUUUUGGAUUGUUCAGAGAAAUGUGUGUGGCAUGUGUAAGAAAAGUGUAUAUACUAUCUUAUACUACCUCUCCAGGUUGCCAGAGAGUUGCGAGGAGAGCAAGGGGCACAACCGUCUCCCUUUAUAGUUCUACUUUUCUAAUAAAUAGUCUGUUUAAGAUCAUAA